UGAUCUGAGGGUGCGACAAUCGCUACUCGAGCUCCUACAAGACAAGUCAAACGGCUGCAACAGCUGCUUCUUUGUAAAGGAAAAGACCAACCCAGAGUUUUAAGCAAUAUGAGAGCAUCAUCUUACACCCAGAAGAGCCUGCAGGUUAGUGGCUCAAACAGCAGGGUGAGGGUCCAGAGCCCGUCUCCUUCCCGUUGCCGUGGAUCAUCAUAUGACAGCCGUGGCCGCUCUGGUUUUAAAGGCACUGCCGUCGAGUUGGGAACAGAGAUCCACCAGCAACAUGCCAAUGAGAAAGAGGAAAUGCAGGAGCUCAAUGUCAAGUUCGCUGGAUACAUCGAGAAGGUGCAGGCACUGGAGCAGAGAAAUGCUGCCCUUCAAGCUGAGCUGAGUGCACUGCAGGGCCGCUACAAGGGAGGCCCCACAGGCAUCGGAGAGGAAUACGAGCUCAGGUUCAAAGAGGUGCGGGAGCUGAUUGAGUCGCUGACUAAUGAGAAAGGAGCAGCUGAUAUUGAGCGGGGCUACAUCGAAGAAGAGGUCGAAGUGUGGAGACUAAAGCUGGAGGAAGAGCUGGCUCUCAAAGAAGAGGCAGAGAUGAUCCUGAGGGAGUUUCGCCAGGAUGUCGACAACGCUACACUGCAGAAGGCUGAGCUGGAGAAGCGCAUAGAGCAACUGGUGGCCGAAAUAGAGUUCCUCAAGAAGCUGCACGAUGAAGAGGUGGCUGACAUCAUGAAGCAGAUCGAGGACUCAAAGAUUACUGCAGAGCUGGAUGGCGAUCGGCCCGACCUGGCUGCUUACUUGCGCAACAUGCGUGCAGAGAUCGAGGCUGUUGCUGCCCGCAACGUCCAGGAAGCAGAGAAGUGGUACAAGAGCAAGUUUGACACCCUCAAAGAGCACGCCGGCAAACACGAGGAGCAUAUGAAGACCAUGAAAGACGAGAUCUCGACCUUCCACAACCAAGUGACGGACCUGCAGAACCAGAUCGACGGGCUGAGGGCUCGUAACGCUGCUCUGGAGCAGCAGCUGGAGGACAUGGAGAUGUCCCACAUGGAUAAGGUGGAGACAUUCGAGCGUGUCAUCGCUCAGUUGGAGGCCCAGCUCUGCGAAACCAAGCUGGAGAUGACCAAGUAUCUACAAGACUACCAGGAACUGCUGCACAUUAAGCUCAAGCUGGAUGCAGAGAUCGCCACCUACAGGAAGCUGCUGGAAGGGGAGGAGGUGAGGCUGGGAAUCGCCAAAGAUGCCUGAUUGCUGGAUGAGGAGUCAACAAGGUCAACGGAGAAGACGAGCAGAGCAUCAGGGAGAGGAGUGAUCAGCUAAUUCUACUUAAGAAGACUCAAAAUUCUUCCCCAUCUUUCUAAUUCUUUCCCUAAUUGACCCUCUUUCCUCUAACGGCUGCGUAUUGUUUGAAAUGUUUUGAUUAAGUACCUGAUUUUACACAUACAUUACAGCACAGAGAUAAGAACACAAACAAGUCUUUAGAGUAUUUGACCAAAGUACUCUUCGACAAACAUUUGUUGCCACCUUUUAUGUACUUCACAGUCUUGGAUACUUGGUGCUAUAGACAUAUUUUUUCUGGUACUGAAAAAGUAUCGAGGUUUGAUGCCCAGCCCUACUACCCUGUUACUUACCUCACCUAACCCCAUUACCCUUAUGUCUUUGCUGUCAAUGCUUGAUGCUUCCCAAUUGUUCUUAGUUCAAAUUUUACAUCAUUUCAAGAUGACCUUCUUGCUGCUUCCUUCCUUUCCUAGCCAGCUGCACCCUGUCACUGUCAUUCAUCUUCAGUACACUUCCUAUCGGAUUUUAUCACAGCCCUCGGGUCUCCUCUGUAAUUCACCUCCCCUUUCACGCCGGGCCAAACCAAGCCCUCUGCGACUGCUUCUUACGAUGACUUUCAAAUCUCAAUUCCUUUUACUAAACACACGUUUGUCCUUUAAACAACACAAAUAAACGCAGAUAAAUAUCAGUAUUGCGACUGGUCUACUGUUCCACUUGAUUAUUACAAAUGUUUAGAAGAAAGAUGACUAUUACACUAAUGUUGACCGACUGUAACUUAAUAAAGAUUGAAGUGAGUGCAUCCAAAAUAA